GGCGCGGGGACCGGCCCGGGCCCACGGACAGAGCGGGCGGGAGAGCUCCCGGUGCCGGCGCUCAUUCCCCGCUCAGCUCAGCUCAGCUCGGCUCGGCUCGCCCAAGGGCACCGCGGCGGAGGCGCGUCCCGGAGCAUCCCCAGCAGGGCCGGUGACCUUGGCGAGCGCGGCCGCGGCCACGGCGAGUUCCCGGCGGCCCGGCACCCUCCAAGCCCCCUGGAGCUGAAGAUGGACGUGAAGAGGGUGAAGGACUACCUGUACUGGCUGUACUACCAGUACCAGCUGGUGACGUGCAGCUACGUGCUGGAGCCCUGGGAGCAGUCCAUGUUCCACACCAUCACGGUCACCGUGCUGGCCAUGGUGGUCUACACCGCCUACGUCUUCGUGCCCAUCCACGUCCGCCUGGCCCUGCAGUUCUUCUCACAGAUCUUCGGCUCCCAGCCUGAGGGGGCAGUGCUGAACUGAGCCGGGCCCAGCAGGGCCCAGCAGCUCUGUGGAAUGGCUCACAAAUGGUUCCUGCUGAGGAAAACCCUGCUUGAUUCACCUCCGGGGAUGGAGAGCGGAGUGAGGCACCGAGCACGGCCCCUCUUCCAUGGACACUCUGGGAAUGGCACAGGAUCCACACAGCUGCCACCUCCAGCACCAAACCCCAUCUCCUGUUCCAUCCUUCUCAGCCAUUCUCUGUCCCAGUGCUGCUUCGGGAUCUGCUGCUUCGAGGGACAGCAAGGCUCUGCUGCCCCAAACUCACUGUGAACACCACACUGGAGGGCUGUGAUGUGCCCAAGCCUCUUUGCUCUGGCAUUUCAGGCAGCACAAGUGUAGAAGAAAAUGGGGCAUUGGGAGGUUUUCCAGCAGGGAAUCUGCUGAAUUCCCUAUGGACUGAUCAGCUUGGAGCAUCCUCAAACCUGAAAAUAACAGAAUCCCUCUGGAAAGCCUUGAACACUUUCUUAUCAUUCUGUUUUCUCUAAAUAGAUGCUUUUAGCCUGCAUUUAAAGAUUGUUUCAAAUGCCAAAAAGCACAUUUAACAAUGAACAGUGGAAGCAAACCCUAUUUCCUGUUUAAUUCUUGCUCAGCCACUCUCUUUCCCAAGUGGAGCCAGGAACAAUGAAUGCAUAAAGGCAUUUCCCAAGAGGAAAAUCUGUCCUAGAUUUGUAAUUUCCAUUAAAUAUUCUUUUAAUCUGUAACAUUUUUCAUUUCUUUGGAAAUGAGCUGCAUCCAACUGCUCUGGCAGAGGCUGUUUUGGUGGCUCCUCACACCCAAAGUUCUACCAACACAGUGCAGGGGCCAGGUUAGAGGAGAUAAAAAAUGAGGAUAUCCAGCAGGAUUGGAGUGCUCAUGCCUGGUUGGUGACUUCCAGGCUUCAAUGGAUGGGAGAGGAACUUGGAAGAGAAAGGAACAGGAGGAUGAACUCAAAUCCAGCUUUUUUUCACGUCUAAGUUUCUGCCUCUGAGUUCAGAUGGUCUAAAAUAUUUUCUUUUUGGAAAAAAGUUCUCCACCUCAUCUUGCAGCUCAGUGAGGAUGACAGGAAGAAGCAACCCUGCUCUGUCUCAGUGCCCUCCUGCCUUCUCUGAUGAAAAUCAAAAUCUUUUCUUGCUGCUCCCAUUCACCAAGGUAGCAAAGUGCAAAUCAGCAGCAGGGGAAGAGGAUCCAGAGUGGAAAUAAUAUUUUAAUGCCUGCAGGGAAGGCUUCGAGAGAUCUCCUUUACAAAGAAGAAAUUAGAUUUAUUACCAUUGCCUGUGGGGAGGUUUUGAAACGAUGGGAGGCUUGUUUGGUUUUCACUGUACACAAAUCAAACGUGGGUGCCAAAUCAUAAAUUACAGCUGCACUCUGCACGUCUCUACCAGCUGAUGCUCCUGUUAGUAGAAGUGAGAAGUGCAAAAUGUAAAUAGCUUUCAAAUGAUGUUUGCACAGUUCUAGAUUAAAGAGAAAACCCUCUUAACUCCUUUCUCAAGCUGCAGUGGGCUCCUGCAUGCUUCAGAGCACAAAUUUGUUUGGAAACGAAGACAUGUGGUGAAGGUUGCCCAGAUCUGAACAUGUGUAUGCAGUUUUUUCAGCCAAAAAAAAUAAAAUUU